AUGGUCAGCGGCGUGUGUGCGCAGUUCCGCGCCUUCAAGAGGAGCUCCACAGUGCAGGAGGGGGACGUGAGGCUCGCCGCCUCCAGACUCUCCUUCGGGGGUCGAGUGGAGAUCUUCCACGCGGGACAGUGGGGCACCGUGUGCGAUGACGGCUGGGACCUGGACGAAGCCCAUGUGGUGUGUCGCCAGCUGAAGUUCCCCCGUGCACUGUCGGUCAUGACGGGAGGAGAAGGCUAUUACGACAAACCAGCAUCGGGGCCAAUAUGGAUGGAUGACAUGAAAUGCAAAGGCACAGAGAAGUACCUACAUGCUUGUACUUUCAAAGGAUGGGGAAUUACUGACUGCACCCACAAGGAGGACGUAGUCAUACAAUGUGAUGCAGCUGGUUAUAUGGAGAGUGCAGCACUAUCAUCCUACCUCCUGGACCACAGUAUUAAUUUGUCUGAUGAGCUAGGGGAAGUCUUCAGCGAUGAGAGAUUCUGCGACCUCUCAAUCACUGCUCAAAGUUCUCUACAAGAUCAGGAGGACACCACACUGCACGAUUCAACAACACUAUGUGCUCACAAAGUGAUACUCUCACAAGUGCACGCCUUCAAUAUCACCCAAGAAACUCAAAACAUUACAGUUCAAAUUGCUUCAAACUGUCUUCCACAUUUUUCUUCUUUUAUUAGAUACCUGUACACACGUUACUUCAUUCACGAGUCGGCGGCGUGGAGCGACACGCUGCAGCGCUGGUUCUUUCUUCCUCGUCGUGCCAGUACACAGCGCUACGAGGAGACUGCAGACGAGCGGAGAGGCACAAACAUGGUGCUCAGCUGUUCGGCAGACUUUAAAAACGUCCAUGUGAGCCGCGUGGGAGAGCUCAACCCCACCCACGGCUUCUCCUCCUUCAAGUUUGUCCCCAACACAGACGACCAGAUCAUCCUGGCUCUGAAAUCGGAGGAAGACGGCGGGAAAAUAGCUACUUACAUAAUGGCCUUUACUAUUGAUGGCCGCUUCCUUCUUCCAGAGACCAAGAUCGGGGAUGUGAAAUACGAAGGGGUAGAGUUUAUUUAG